AUGUAUGUAUGUAUGGAGGGGAGAGGAGGGGAGGGGAGAGGAGAGGAGAGGAGGGGAGAGGAGAGGAGGGGAGAGGAGAGGAGAGGAGGGGAGAGGAGAGGAGAGGAGAGGAGAGGAGAGGAGAGGAGAGGAGAGGAUUUGAGAAGAGGGGAUGAUGAUAGGAGAGGGGAUGGGGAGAGGAGAUGGAAUGAAGAAGGAUAA